AUGUCGAACAGUGACAGGAUGGAGGCUGCUUUCGCUCUGCUUCUCGCCGUUUCCAUUUUGGCCAGCGAUGGUGUACAAGGAAACAGGCUGACAGUUCUGCAGGCUCCAGAGUUCGUCUCCUUCCAAAAAGGUGAAUGGCCUAUCGCUGGAGAGAAGGUCCCAGACUUGGUGGCUUUAACGAUGGGCUUUUCGGUUCAAGAGGAACUAUCUUGGCCAGGCUUAAAAGCUGGUCCAUUAUUUCAGCGUCCUAGAGCAAAUGUCUUGAUCGUGGUGAGAGGAACGGAUAACCUUUCCCUGCCUCAGAAUGUUGCCAGCUACCCCUUGGAGAAUGCUGUCCCUUUCACUUUGGAUAAUGUUGCAGAGACUGUUCAUUCUCUGUUUGCGGAGGACACUCCUGUUGUGUUGCAGCUUGCCCCCAGUGAAGAGAGGCUAUACAUGCUGGGUAAGGCUAAUGCUGUGUUUGAGGAUCUGCCUGUCACUCUGCAACAAAUCCGUGCACGUCUCUCCCAAGAAGGCUCUGUGCUGACCUCUUUGCCACUAAACUCUCUCAGCAGAAAUUCAGAGGCUGAUCUACUCUUCCUUUCUGAGGUCCAAGUACUCCAUGAUAUUACAGCUUUGUUGCAGAGACACAGACAUUUGGCCAAGGACCACUCCCCAGACCUGUACUCGCUGGAGUUGUCUGGCCUGGAGGAGCUGAGUCGGCUCUAUGGAAAAGACUCCUCUCAGUACAAGGAUGCCUCUGCAAUUCUUUCUUCUGUUUUACAAAAGUUUGCUGAAGACAUAUACAGUCUCUACGGCAACAGUGCCGUGGUGGAGGUUGUGACUGUGAAAACCUUCGAGGCUCCUUUAACCAGAAAGUCUCGUUCCAUUUUGGAGUCAAAGCAAAUUAGCAACCCAGGCAGUCCUUACAACUUGGCCUAUAAAUACAACUUCCAAUAUGCUGUAAUAUUCAACAUUGUGCUCUGGCUAAUGAUAGCUUUGGCUCUGGCAGUUAUUGUCAUUUCGUACAAUCUGUGGAACAUGGACCCAGGAUAUGACAGCAUCAUCUACAAGAUGACCAAUCAGAAAAUCAGGAUGGACUGA